AUGAGCCAGCUGCGAGCCACAAAGCCCGGGCUCCUCGUGGCGCGGCCGUAUGUAUGCAUCUUCGUUUUGCUUUAUUUACGGAACCCAACCCCUGAGGAAGCAGAGGAGGAACCCACCUACCCAGCAGUAGUGGAAUGCGGCUUUUAUCCGGAUGAACUGUGUUCAGCUUUAUUUGAAGGGAAAGGGGCCGCCCUACAAAUCGCAAGAUUUUGUAAAAACCCUCACGGUUCUCAAAUUCUUGCUCAUUUACGCACGUCAGGGAAUUGCUCGAGGAUUUCCCAGGAGUUGCGUGUCAUAACCAGACCCUUGUCUGCAGAAGAGGGCAAUUUCUCUCUGGCAUACAUUAUAAUGAUUCGCAAGGAGCUGGCGAUGUUUGCACAGCUUCUCAGAGCGAUUUACGUGCCUCAAAACGUUUACUGUAUUCAUGUCGAUGAAACGGCUCUGAAGAAGUACAAGACCGCUGUGCAAACCCUGGUGAACUGUUUUGAAAAUAUUUUUAUUUCAUCAAAGAGCGCAAGAGCGGCCCACACCGGCUUUUCAAGACUCCAGGCGGAUAUUAACUGUAUGAAAGAGCUGGUCCGUCCCAAAUUCCAAUGGAACUACGUCAUUAACCUUUGCGGGCAGGAUUUUCCAAUCAAAACCAACAAAGAAAUCAUACACUACAUCAGAAGCAAAUGGAAUGACAAAAGCAUCACUCCUGGAGUAGUCCAACCACCGAACGUGAAAUCCCAGACAAGCGAAAGUCAUCCUGAAUCCACCCCUGAAGGAAAUAUCUACGUAUCUCCAAAUAAAAGAUUCAAGGACAAACCGCCCCUUAAUUUAACAAUUUAUUUUGGAAGUGCUUACUAUGUCCUGACGAGGAAGUUUGUAGAGUAUGUCCUGACUGACGCCCGCACAAAAGACAUGCUUCGUUGGUCCAAAGACAUCCAGAGCCCAGAACGACAUUACUGGGUGACUCUGAACCGAUUGAGAGAUGCCCCAGGAGCCACCCCGGACGCCGGCUGGGAAGGAGGUGUUCGCGCUGUGAAAUGGAGACACGAGGAGGGACGUGUUCACGACGGAUGUAAAGGCCGCUACGUCCACGAGAGCUGCGUGUGCCCGGGAGACCUGCCGUGGAUCACUCGGUCACCUUUGUUUGCCAGCACAUUCGACUCGACAGACCCUCUGGUGGUGACAUGCCUGGAGCGGUGGCACCCUGUGGUGCAUCAGGCAGAGGCUCCCGUGGAGCCACACUGGCGUUUCCCGCGGGACAGUCACUUCAGCAGGAGACCGAGCGGCUGAGCGGGGAGCUGCCGAGUGUUUGCUUUCUUACUGCUACCGCCUGCUC